UUUCUCAGAUUAAUUCUUGAGAAGGAAGGCCCUCGUUCUUUAUUUCGGGGCCUGGGGCCCAAUCUUAUUGGAGUGGCUCCUUCACGGGCCAUCUACUUCGCCGCCUAUUCCAGCUCAAAGGAGAGACUGAACUGUGUGUUUGAGCCAGACUCCACGCAGGUGCACAUGACGUCUGCUGGGAUUGCAGGGUUCACGGCUAUAACAGCAACCAAUCCAAUUUGGUUAAUUAAGACACGUCUACAAUUGGACGCCAGGAAACGCGGGGAGCGUCGCAUGAAUGCGUUUGAGUGUGUGCGGCGCGUGUAUCAGACGGAUGGUCUACGCGGGUUUUACCGCGGCAUGUCUGCUUCUUAUGCGGGCAUCUCGGAGACUGUGAUUCACUUUGUGAUCUAUGAAAGCAUAAAACGACGUCUUUUAGAGGCCAAAGCAGCAACGCACAUGGAUGGGGCCGAGGACACAGCCAAGGACGCGUCGGACUUCGUGGGCAUGAUGCUGGCAGCCGCCACUUCCAAGACCUGCGCCACAUCUAUAGCCUAUCCACACGAGGUUAUCCGCACACGGCUAAGGGAAGAAGGUACCAAGUACCGCUCGUUCUUCCAGAGUCUCAGCAUGGUGAUUAGAGAGGAAAGCUAUCGAGCUCUUUACCGAGGACUCACCACACAUCUGGUCAGACAGAUCCCCAAUACAGCCAUCAUGAUGUGCACCUACGAGUUCGUCGUCUACCUGCUUGAUGGCUAAACUUUGACCUGAGGUGCCUCCGUAUUCAUGGACGAAGAGUUCUGUAGUUUCAUUCACAAUUUGGGAGUGUCUUCUGAGAGGAAGGUGUUAGGAGAAAAAGGAAAAGGACUAAAAAGGUUGUGUCUAGAAAACAAUGUUCUCGUUUCUUGGUUUUCCUUAACUUUCUGUCUUUUAAUGUUGCUUAAAAUGAUGCUGCUUCUAAAAAGCCUUGACAGUCAGUUCAGCUUUAGCCUCCUCAGAGUUCGUUUUUACAUCUCAAACAGCACUUCAAGUCAGAUAGAUCUUGUAUGUGGAUUCAGCAGGUUAUUUCUGUCAGAGAAGCUGUUCUUAUGUUGGCAGGUGUUUGAGAGGUUUGUCGGCAUCAUUGCGAUGCUAUGAUGGCGAUCAAAGCUUCACUGGAUUUUCUCGAGAUUUGAGCUGGAAAGGAUUUGGAGAGGAUCCAAUCUGAGGCUCGCUUCCUGUCUGGGAACAGCCAAUCAGGUUGCACUUACAACCAUGCAAUGCAAAAGCAAAAAGAUCUGAUGCAUAUAACUGACACUGUGUGCACACAUGUAUGCAAAAACAGAUGUCUAAGAGUGUGUUUAGUUGUUUUAACACUGUACAGGUGAUUGUGUGCUAGUCUCAGAGUGUCAUAUUUGUCUGUUUAUUCCCGUUAUUGUGUGUUUGUAGCCCCUAUUUAACCUUAACACAUGAAUGUAACAAUCAUUGCAGCCAAAAUAGGUUGUUGGCACAAAAAAACUUUAAUAAAUAUAUGUACUCAGCAGCAGAAUUAUUAAUGAAAGAAGGUAAUGAAUAAUGAUAAAGAAAUAAUCAUUUGAAAUUUUUAAAAAGAAAGAAAAGCAAGUAUUAUGCAUGCAAGCCAUUGCACUGCAACACAAAAUAAAAAAAUUUUGUCGCCAUGUUGUUGACCCCAUCCCAAAAACACACACAAAAAAUAAAAAAUCAAAGGCCGCUGUGCUAAAUGCCAUAGAAAAGAGUCUCUGCAAAAGAAAACAGCAUUUUUGUCGUUUUGCUGUAAAAAUACCAAGAAAUCCUUUGAAUAAGAUCAGUUUGAUUGAGAAGCAAAAUUGCAUUAGAUAUUAAGACAUUUUUAGACAGUAUAUCAUGAAUUAAACUAUUUUUAACAUUAAGUAAUUUUAAUGAUUACAAUGUAUUAAUACUUCAUCAUUAUAACUUAAAGCAUAAAUCUGUUUUGUUAGAUUUAUACUUGACUCAUUGGCAAAUUUCUU